AUGUUUCAUCUAAAGUUUUUUAAUGGUUGUUCUAAGGUUCUUGAAGGAUUCAAUCAGAAUUUCAAAGGUCUGAAAGAAAAGCCGUUGAUCAUCAACGAGGGUGGAUUGUUGGACAAGAAAGUGAUUCCUGUUCACGUACAUGGUAAAGUUAAUCGUGAAAUUCUCUCAGAAUUUCCUAUUAUUGGUAGUACAGAGGAUGUGGUUAAUGUGGAUGUGGAUUUGUCUCUUAAGAAGGACGUUGGUCUGCCAGGGGAUGUGUCUGAAGUUGGUUUAGCCAAUUCUAAUUAUGAUGUGAAUAAGGUUGGAAUUGUGAAGGUUAAUUCGACUUUGAACAAACAACUGAAUGUGAGGGUUGAUAAUCUGGAUCUGGGUUCUUUCUUAUCUAUUGAUGGUAGAGUGGCUUUCCUUCAUGCUGAAAAGGAAUUGGAGAAUGCUAAAAAAAUGGAUAAAGCUAUUGUUGUGAAGAUCUUUGAUCCGGAGGCUUUAGAAAGUAUUCUUUCAGGAGGACCUUGGUGGAUUAGGGGGAAGUGUUGGGAUGAGGUAAACAUCUUCAGGAUUGCUUCUCUAGUUGGCAAGCCGUAUCUUCUGGAUAGGAAUAUGUUCCAGUGGAGUAGAAGGGAAUUUGCUCGAGUGAAGGGUUUAGCUGGAGAAUUUUUUCAGAAGGUAGAGUAUGAAGGGUUAUCUAAAAUCUGUUUGGAGUGUGGGAAAAUUAGGCAUGUUUCAAAAACAUGUACUGAUUUGAAGAAUAAGGUGGUUGUGGACUCAAACUUGUCUAAUCAUGCCGGUGUGGAUGGUGGAAAGAUCUCUCAAUUGGCUGCAGAGAAAUCUGUCAUUGAAGGUGGAAAGGAUAAAGACAACGCUUGGACUCAAGUGAACCAUGGGAAAAAAAGGUUUAAUAAGGUUGCUGCUAACAGAAGAUUUUUCAACAAAAAAUUUUCUGUCCCAAUGAAAAAGGUUUUUAUUCCUAAAACUGGAAUUUCUAAUUUGAAAGUGAUGGGUAAAUUGGAAAAGGAGCAAGAUAAAAGUAAUAAGGAGAUCUUCAUUCCUGGAACGGGCGUGAGUGAAGCUUGUAACAGUUCUGGAGUGAAAAUUCUUAACAAAUUUGAUGUCUUAUCUGAAUUAGAAGAAUUAAAUGAGGUGAAAGGCCCUGUGUUUGUUAAGGUGAAUGAUGUCGAGGAAGGGGAAAUUUUUAUUUCCAAUAUAGAAGUAGCUUUAAAUGGCUUUGUUGGAGGUGCAGAGGUGCAACCAGUGGAUUCUCAGAAGAAAACUAAGGAUUUGCCUGUUAAUAAUUUUUCAUUGGGUGGAAGUGAUUCUUAUAAUAAAAAGACUAAGCUUGUCAAAGAGCUUAAAUCCCUUGGAGGAGACAAGAAGGUGGAGGCUGCUCUAUUUCUUAAGGAGGUGAUCAAGGAUCAUGGAGUUUUAUUUAUUGGGCUUUUGGAAACGAAAAUUAACUCUCAGGAUAACAGCUACCUUUUGAAAUUUUUGGGUACGAAUUGGAAUUCUUUUGUAGUUCCAUUUGUUGGUUUGUCAGGUGGUAUAAUGGUGAUAUGGAGGAAUGAUUUAGUAGACUUUUCUGUUAUUGAAGCUUCUUCUCAGAUGAUUUUGGGUAAGUUGGAGGCUCACGGCAAAGGCAGCUGGAUUGUGGCUUCGGUGUAUGGCAGCACAGAUGCUAAUGAAAGGAAGAGACUUUGGAUUGAUAUUGAAAGGCAUUGUUCAACUGAUCUCCCUAUGGUAGUGGGAGGGGAUUUCAACUGUGUACUUUUCCAAUCUGAAAAAAGAGGAGGGAAAAAGUUUUGCUUAAAUCAAGGAUCGAAGGAUUUUAAUAACAUCAUGAUUAUCAAUGAUCUUCAUGAGGUGAGAUCGAUGGGGCCAAGCAUCCAUCUUGCUAUAGUUAAACACUUAUCCCGUAUAGCAUCGGAUCAUUGUCCUUUACUGUUGGAUAUCUUCAAACCUGUGAAGGCUGUUAAAAGGGAUAAUCGUUAUGAAGAAACAUGGGCGUCAUACCAUGGUGCAGUUGCUUUGGUGAAGAAAAUUUGGCUUAAAAACUAUUUGGGUGAUCCACCGUCUGCUCUCAAUUUAAAACUUAAGAGGACCUUAAGAGGUCUCUUUUAUUGGAGAAAGGCUAAGUUCAUGAACCUGAAUCUUUUAAGAGAUAAACUGAAAAAUGAAAAUUUGGAAAUUCAGUUGGAGGAGGAUGAAGGGUGGAUCUCUUUUGAUAGGUUACAGCUUUUGAGGUUUAAAAUUAAUGAACUCAAUGUGACUUUGGCUAGACUUAACACUUGGUGGAGACAAAGGGCUAAAGCAAGAUGGAUGGACAAAGGUGAUUGUAAUUCGUCUUUUUUUCAUACCUUUGACAAUGCUAGAAGAAGUAACAACUGGAUUAGUCAUAUAAAAACUAUGGAUGGUAUUAUUUCGGAAGAAGAGGCAGUUAUCCAGAAGACUCUUUCAGAUUUUUUCAAGUUGAAAUGGCAAUACAGAAAAUGCUCAUUAGAUGGGUGGCCGAAUCCAUCUACUGUCAUUAGUAAUGUUGACCAAAUUAUGCUUGAAGCUAAAUUUACUAGAGAGGAGUUACAGUAG